GAAAUAGCAUUUUUGAUACAUGUGGCUGACAUCUUAAGUAGGCUAUAGGGUACAACAGCUCCUUAUUUAUUUAUGUAUUGUAAUUAUAAAUUAUAAUUAAAACAUAGCAUUUCAUUUUCUAUGGACCAGAUUAAGAGUAAAGUGAAUUUAUAGGGCUGUAAUGUGGAAAUGAAUGUGUAUCUGGUGUGAAAGAAUCUUCCUUUGAUUUUUCGCCCAAAUGUCGGUGAGUGAACGGGGCGGUGCUGAUGAAGACCACACAGACACAAGACGAGACCGGGUGAAGGACAGAUAUAGAGGUUUAGGAUAUUAAAUCCAUCUUCUGCCGACAUACUAGUGCCUACGUCGUGUGGAUAUAGAGUAAACUAGCUUUGUUAUCAUUCACAACGUAAUUACGGACAACACAGGAAACCAUUUGCAUCUGUACGUCCAAUAUAAACAUCAGCACGGCGACAACAGUGUUACAGUCACAUCUGUGGUAGAGGAAAGCCUUUUAAUGAUACACUUUAUUUAAUUUUUGUUAUUUAUUCAAACAGAAGCUCCAGCCUGCAUUGCGAUAUAAAGACUACCCCAGACCUGUGCAGACCGCUGUAGAGAAAACAUGGACAGUUAUGAGGAAUUCUGCGCACGUAUUCUGUCCACACUGCAGUCGGAAAUGAUGCAUGAAAAGAGCUGCAGUACCGCACCUGCGCGAGGGGUGGCGCUCCCUCUCAUCUGCUUUCAUGGCAGGCCAGUUCUGUCUCCUGUUCUAAGUGAGAAACAAAGAAGGGAGAUGGCUGAAUACAGGAAAAGAGCGUCACAAAUGGAGGCAGAGAGACAGAUUCAUUGUAACAAUAACCUCCUCAAUCAGAUUCAGGCCAUUCUUUGGACUAAUAAGGCACCAAAAAUAUUGGACGUGCCAAAGCCUUCAGAGCAGUGCUUGUCUCCUUCUCCAAAACCAGACUGCAGGAAUGGUUUUCCUGAUACUGCAUCUCUUACACCUGCUGGGGUCACAGAGCCUUAUAUUUUGUCUAGUAAGCCAGCAGUGACGCCAUCAGCUGAGCUGAGAGGAAAAGCAACGGAGGAAAAACAAAUGCCAGAGGAAACUGAAACAGAAGGAGUUUGUCUGCAGAACCUACUGAAGAAAUCACGUGAAUUUAUUGAAAAAGAACAAGGUAAACAGGGGUCGAAAGUCAUCGGCACGAAAAUCACGUUUGAUAAAGAAAACGGCAGUUCUUUAGAUGGGACUGUCUCUGGUUUACCCUGUUAUAUUCCCGCACCUAAUCAGACCUCUCCAAGUAACCUAAUAAGUCCAGAAUCUGGUCCAAAUGGCAGUUUAAGUGCCAGACCCCACCGCGGGCGUCCUCGUCCCAUUUCUGCUGGCAGCAUCUUCUUCUCUUUCCCUGACAACCCCAACCAACCAAACAUUACAGCCAAUGCAAGGCCACAGGAAGCAAAAACAAUUGCGACGCAGGAGAGGAAGCUACUCGGAGUGGAAAAUGUGAGUAUGGGUCGAUACGAUGACCACUUCAGGUUGAAUGAGACCGUCUGUAAAUUAGAAACAUCUCCAGUGGAUCCUGAGCUCACAAGCCCUCUGUUCCGAAGGAGAUGCCACACUUUGGAUAGCCAUCUGUCUUCCCACCAUCAGAGUCCGCUCAUAGACAGGAGCCAGGAGAGAAUGCCUCGGUUUAUGGCCGGGGUCACUGCGAGAACGCCCACUCGACUGUCUCCUCCGUCACCAAUGAACAAGACUUUCACCCGGGAGAGUCCCACAGCAGCAUUUAUAGGCUCUGGAAUCACCCCAGACUCUCCUUCUCAUGCCAAACUACCAUUUGAGGGAAACAGUGUCAUCAGCACAGCGCUGAAAGAGAGGAGAGCAGUUGUGUAUGCCUGUGUUGAAGAUGAGAUGCAAUGGCAAGUCCACGCUCUAGAAGACAUGCAGAGGUCUCUGGAGGAGGAUUAUGCUUUCAGAAUAUCGUGUCUGGUGGCAGAGCAAGAGAGAGAACAACGGCUUCACAGUCAGGAGUUGGAGGAGCGGGUCUGGAGACUGAGGGGUCAGGGUGGUCUGAGUCCUGUAGCAGGCGAGGACGGGUGUGAAUUAAGGGCAACGGGUGAACGUUACCCUAUACUGAGCCCCAUGUGCCCUUUAAGCCCUGGAGAAAGAUCACCGAGACACCAUGUGCCAGUCAUUGAAGAAAUAAAAUCAUAUUUAGAACAACAUGAUGAAAUGAUGUCAUUUUGGGGUUUUCCUCCAACCAGUUUAGAUGUGGCAUCACCCUCAAUACAGGCCUCUAUUUACAUGAGAGGCCUCAAUCAUCACAGCACAGGAAAGAGCAGAAACAGGCUGAGCCAGGUUGUAACAGCGGAGCAGCAGAGGGCGCUGUGCCGCCUCACUGCCAUCGUGAAGGGCUUCCUGACCAGACGACUGCUGAGAACGGAGAAAGUCAAACACCUGCGUCAAACCGUUCAAGACACGCAAGAGUUUAUUUGUUCAUUCAGCACUAAUGCUCCUCAAAGAAACGACCAACUGUCAGAGCAAGAUCUCUCCCUGCAAGAGCGUGUCAGAGCUCAGUUACGUGCAGCCUUGUUUGACAUUCAUGAUAUCUUCUUCACAAUGACACUAGAGGAGCGUUUGUCUCUGCUGCAACAAGACCGAGAUCUACGCACUGAGAGAAAACUCAGAGAGAUGGAAAAAGCAAAAAUCCCCAAGGACAAGGUGAUUUUGUCUGCUGCAACCCAGAAAUCUCUUGAUAGAAAGAAAAGAGUUGGUGAAUCUCCAGGUCAGACCAGACGAGCUCAGAAAACCCCUACAAAAAGGAUCCUGCAGCCCAGUCAGGGCCAGAACGCUCCGGUUUCAGGCCAGCAGCUCCUGCGCCAUGGGAGUUAUAAGAAGGCUCCAGAGGAGAGAGUUCAGCAUUCAGAGAGGCUGAAGAAACAGCAUUCACUAGGUUGAUCUCAACUGUCUGACAUACAGUUAUGAACUGGACAUGAAAAAUAAUAUUGUGCUAAUCAUAGAGAUACUUCUGAAGAUACUCCCCACUUGCCAUCUCAUUGAAUCGUGAUUAGUAAAUGUCAUUGGCGUCUAGUUCUUCCCAUUAUUCUAGAACAUACUGCAUUUGUGAAUAUAGAAUUAGUCCAGAGGUUCAUCCAGGGCACAUAAAUUAAAUGACUAAAUCACU